CAAUAGAGAGAGCGAAUGAUUGAGUGUUAUGUUUGUGUAUUGCGUUAUUUAAGCAUGAAAAUUUUCAUAUAAACAGAUGUUGUGAGGCUAACUUUCAAUCAUGCUCGCCACGAUACUGUUUGAUAAGGUUAGGUGGAAGUGUCAAAACGAACUGUCAAUGUGUUCUCAAGAGCAGCAGUUGCGGCCGAAGCCGCUCGUGUACAAAAAAAGUCUGAAGUAUCACCAUUGGUCGAAAGAAUAACGUCUUCAGAAUAUGAAAUAAACCAAAGGGCAUAUAUUUUGCAAAUACUGUAUUUUAAGAAAUAUUUUGAACACAAGACACAAAAGAUGCAUCCAGAGUGUAAAAAGUUAGGUCUUCCACUUGAUGAGGAUCACAGUCAUUGUCAGAACUGCAUUAAAGUUAAAGAAUGCAUAGCAAAAGGACUGAGAACUGAGAAAUGUGGUAUUAUUGACUGCCCAAAUGAUUGUGGAUUUAUGUUCCACAAGUGCAAAAUGUCAGAACAUUUACUAUUGUGUCUGAAUUUAAGAGUUCCUUGCAUUAAUUCCGGAAAUGGCUGCCCAUUUACCAUGCCUCGCAAAGAGAGAGGAAAACACUUGGAGACUUGCCCUGCCAGUGUCGUCGUGUGUACAGUGGAAUGGAACCGUUGGCCAACAUGCAAGAUGAAAGGACCACAUUUGCCCCGACAAUCACAUAAAUCAGGACAACUAGAUGCCGAUUUAGCCCAAAGUGAUGAGCGAGCCUUAGUAAAGUCAUUUGAAAAUCCCAUGUGGAAAAGACAGUACCGACACUGUUGUAAUAAUUUCUUCCCAGCCAUUCCUGUAUCAAAGGAGAAGGAUGGUAUUGAGCUCGUUUUCAAUGACACACAAGAUGGACUUUCUUCACAGGAGAGCUCUCCAGCUGUUCCUGUAUCGAAACAAAUUGAUUGCAAUGAAGGAACUUUUGUUGAGGCUUUAGAUGGUUCAUCUUCUCCAGAAAAAUCUAUAGGUCAGCUGAACACCAGCAGCAGCGAUGAUGUUACUGAAUUUGAGUCUGAUCAAGAGCAAUGCAGUUCUUCCACAAACAAAAGAGUCUAUAAUUUUGUGUCAAAUGAGACACCAGUUUCCAGUACAUCAUUGUCAAAUAAUAUUGAGGCAGAAGCUGUGGAGCAGCACAGUAAUGCAAAUGAAAAUGGUAUUGAUACUUUUUCAGAGAUUUCUUCAGUUGUUCUGCCUUUGUCGUUUUCAUUAAGUCUUACCAUUGAUAGACUCCCAAGAAGUCAGAGCAAACCAAUGGACAUAUACACAUUCUUAUGUGCUCAGGAGUUCAGACGAGAUGAUUAUGGUUGGCACUAUAAGAAUGUACACUGUGAUAUUCAAGGUGGAUUGGAUGGAUGGGUGGAAUAUCGUUGCCCAUUAGCACAGUAUGGCUGCACAUACAGUAUUAAAAGAUUGCACCCAUGUAAGUUGGGAGCAUCUGUGAUUCACAGUGAAGAGCUUGAAAGUUUUGGAUUCAAGGAGGCUGCUAACAGCAUUGAAGAAUCACAUUCAGAGUCUGACCAACAGCAGCUGCAUUUGGCUGAACUGCCAUUUGAGUUACUGAGUCAAAUAUGCUUAUACUUGGACUCAUUCAGCCUGUGCAAUCUCUCAAAGACCUGUCGUCGCCUGAGAAGUGUAUGUUUCUCUCGUCUGAAAGAAAGAGGCAUCAUUUUGCAGCAGUGGAACAAAAUUUUAGUCAAUGGAAGAGUUUCUUGGGUGACCAGCAAAGUGAAAUGGGUAUUCAGUACUGCAUUCAGCCCUAUUGAGGGCUGGGUUCACACAAACUCAGGAAAUAUGUCUGACCAUUUACAUCACUGUGCUUAUAAUGUCAGACAUUCGUAUGAUGAGCAGUAUUAUCGAGUAAUACCACAUGAGCUAACCCACCGAAUAGAACUAAAAUGUUCCACCCAAAACGUAAAGUUAACACACAUAGAGAACGUGUGGUGAUGCAGUAACUCAGUAUAUCUUGUAUGAGAGGAAUAUGGAUAUCAUCAAACCUCGCAAGUGUGACAUCUCCAUUUAGAAGUUGGUUCAGAAGCACCAAACUUCUUUUGUGGCUUCAUUAAAGUUUUCCAUAUGUGUCCCUGUCUUUAAGCAUCUAAUGACAUGACAAGAUCAAAAGAAAAUAGUAUGACGUAUACUGAUGAAGAUGGAAAUGUGAAGACUUUUUUUCAGUACUAAGAUAACUACUGCCUACAGUAAAAGUUUAAUUAAUGCACUGCCCAGGUUUUACAUUUAAUAUUGGAUAUUCCUUGUUAUUUAUUUCUUACUAUGGCAACAUAGAACUGAAUUAUAAAGUUCCUUGUACUACCCUUUUUUAACAUUUUUUAAAAAAUAUUUAUAAUGUGCAAUGUUGACAUUUUUCUUUGUUAUGAAGGAAUUGUGAUGUGCAACAUAUAGUGAAACUAACCUUCUCAACAUUGAAUUAUGUGCAACCAUGUGAGUCAGAUUUGGUUCAUAGGUAAAGCACAGUCCUUUUUCUUUACUUUCUGUUGAGCAAGAGCACUGCCUAAAUAGUACUUACUGUUGCUAAACAGGUUGUUGUUGCUGAUGUAUGAACAUAUAUUGCACAGUAUGUUGUUCUAAUUUUUUAUUUCUAAAAUAUGUUAUUAGUAUCGAUUUAUUAAAUUGAAUUUAUUCCUGUUACAGGCACAUUUGAAAGUUUCCAGAACUGUCAAUUUCAAGACUGUUUCUGCACAGCCGUCCUAUUUUGUUUUCAGAUUCCUAACACCACCUCAAUGUAUUUAAUAGGUGCAGGACUUUAUGUUCCUUACUCAGUGAUGCUUCCAGUUAAUGUUUGUAGCUUUUGUCAGUUACUUCUCUGUCUCAGUAUUUCAGUCAAGCUUUCUUUAAGAGAUAAUUCAUUUUAUUCCAGUUUACAAUUCCUAAAGCUUUCUUCAAAUUUUUGUGUCAUAAAAGUCUCUCCAUUACAAUUAACUGUAAGAGUGUGUUUGCUUCCUAAAAGUCUUUACUUUUUAUAUGGCCUAAGAAAUUGUUCUCCAAUAUCCGUCUCAGUUUUCUGUGCAUUAAACUGACAAAGAGGUGACAGCUCAUUUCAUAAAUUUCACACGUAGGGGGUUCAUGUUCUUUUCUAAGCAUUGUGAUCAUUGAAAAUUUGAUAGUACAUUUCUUGUUUAAUAGAUUAUGGACAGAGAAAGAAUAUUGCAAAAUUUCUUAAUCAAUCUAUCUUGGUCUUUAAGGAUUCUCUAAACAGCAAUAUUAGAUCUAAUCAAAGAUAAUGUAAAGUGUUUCUCUAAUGGGCAUGAUUUUACGUAUGCAGUCAGGCAUGAAUUUGCCCAAAAAGUGUGGACCCAAAUCCCCAUCUCGCCAUUGUGAUUGAAGUAAUUACCAUUAUGAUUUCUAUAAUAUUCAUGGCCAGUUUUCUUCUUCUUCACCCAACAUAGCUUGAGCUAAAAUUUAGUGUCCACAGAAUAUGCAUUUAGAUUGUUGAGCAUAACGUUAAAGGAUAACGGAUUCCUUCCUACUAUCCUGCUGAAGUGGUGGCGCUACCAUUUUACAAGUGCUUUAAUACAGCCAUGGUUCCACAAGGUAACACAUGUUACUUGUUUCUGAUGUGAUAGUUAUACACCGAUUUUCAUGACAUGAUCAAUUAAAAUGCAGCAAACAUCAAUAGAUACAAAAAGUAGCAUGCCAGAACAACUUAAUACCUCUGAGACUAAUAAGUACAGAAAACUGACUUGAUAUUAUUAGUACUGGGACAGUGAGUAUUGCAUUGAAGAUAGGGAAAGUAGGGGUGAUCAAGAGCUGAAAACUAUUAGACUAUUGCAAAUUAUAUUGGAAAGUGUAUCACAGUUUAUUCAUUGCUUAUUCCGUAAAACAAUGGGCAAAGCAUAUUAAUAGAGCUGUCUUAUGCUAAAGGAAAUUAGAGAAGUGGUAUACUGAUUGUGUAAUUUAAACAAUAAAAUUGUAGCUGAUUAUAAAAUAGCAUUGCCAGUAACAGAAAACAUUUGCUAAAAUAUUAAUUCAUUGCUUAAAAGAAAAGAAAACAACAACAACACAGGUGCAGAUAUUUAAAAAUAAAGAAUAAAUAUUAAAAAUAGAUUGUACGGCAUUGCUUGUAGUGCUCUGACAGUCUCUACAUAAUGGCUGACAUUGUAUUGUAAUGUGACUCAUUUGCAGUGUUUGUAUCAUUGUUGUUGGCAUAAUAUCAAAAACAGCAUUUGGGUUGGUCCAUGUGUACACAUUGAAGUCGCACAUCUGUUUUACCACACACUAGUUUUUCCAUCUUCUUUUAAGAUUCAGCAAGAUCUUUUAUUCAGUAAUUUAAUCAAAAACAUUAUUUAUUUAUUGAAAUUUUCAGUGGUCACUCAUUUCCAAUUCUUCAAGGAUGUCCAGUAGUAGUCUGUCACUAGCUCUAUGCAAGACGUUGGAAGUUAUGCUGUAGGUUUGCAGCAAAAUGUUUCUCUUUUUUUUCCCAUAUAACUAUCAACUGUUUUAUACUGAAAUAAGAUCUGAGCACUUACACUACUCAAGAAUGUAUUGUUUCUCUAAUUUGGUUUAGAAUUUUUUUUCAUUGUUUUAGCCAAGAAAAAUGUGUACUGUAUGAUAUGUGCUCACAUAGAAUGUACUGCAAUUUCAUAGCUCUAUGCCCCUGCUUCUUUUACCCUUCUCCACUCCUUCCCAUUUUGAUGGGAUACUUACUGCCAUUCAUGACAGUAAUGAUUUCUGUUUGGUUUGCUGUAGUGAUUUGCCUCAAAUGUAUUGAAAUGCUGUUGUAUAAGUUGAUGUUUUGCACAUUUAUGACAAAUCACAAUUUGACAAUUGGCGUAAUAGCAUCACAUCAGAAGAUGUCUAUAACCAGCUGAAAUUAAUAAUGUAGGCCUAUGGGUUACUUUGAAUAACUGUGAUUGAAUAAAAACUUUGUAAAUUGUACUUAAGAGAUUACUGCACUUCAUUAGGGAAUGCGAAUGUUUAUUAUUGCUGUGUUAGUUUCUAGUGACCAUACUAUCAAAAAGAACAGAGUUGUUGGUGUAUUACCAUAUGGUAUUCCAUCACAAAACAAAGAAAAAUAAAUUUUUAUGAGUUGUAGAAGUAACAGGUACAUGAGACACCAUAUUUUAUGAAGAAUUUAUAUCAACUGUUCCUCUAUUUUCUGUAACUUUAUGAAAGAUAGUAAAUUGAAAAUGAUGGUUUCACUACAGUCUGUAAGGUACAAUUAAUUGAGUGCCAAGUAUUAAUUAAUUCUGCUGUUCUUUCCCUUAGCAUUUCACAGUCAAUUACUUUGCUGUGACAGUUGACUGUAGGAUUGCAAGUCUAUCACAUACUAGUGCAACAAUAUUGAUUAUAAUUGUUUCUGAAGAAGAUGAGUCAUUUCAUUUCCUUGCUAUUGUGAUCCAUUCUCAUGAGUCGGUGGUGUGGGAACAUAGUUUAAAAUACUAUUAAAAAUGUCCACUAGAACCAAUUGAAACUAUUCAUGAUAUUGAAUUCAUUUCCUCAGUACAUGUCUGCUACUCUUUGAACAUCUUUUACUUUAUAUGGGACAAGGCUGAGUUCCCUACAAACUACCUUGUGUACAGUUACAAAGGUGAUAUUUUUAUGCCGUGCAAAUAUAUGUAAGGAGUUGUUAGGUUUGAAAGCAAGUGGUAUAUCUUGUAGUUUUUCCUUAAAUGUCAAUGGUCUCAGGACUUAUCUUUUUUACUGAUCAGGUGUUUUUUUUUUUUUUUUUUCCCCCACUCUUAUCCCGUGUGAACUGGGAUUAGGUGUGCCUGGAAAUACAAUGUACAAAUGUUUUUAACCAUCUGUGUGUACUCAUUAUAUUCAUAAGUGAUACACCAAAUAAGAAAUAUUUGUUAUAACAUGAGCACCAUUCUGAGUACACACAAAAUAAUGUUCAUUGUGUCCCACAACCAAUCAUUGAAUGUGACCAACAAGAACACAAGUUCCUAGCCCAAGGUCACCAUUUUUGACCAGAUUGUGGAAACAAAUUGUACCAAAUGUUGGAACCCUUCCAAAAGAUGGUAUUUGAAGUUAAUGAAAUACAGAAUACAGUAUCCAGUCACUCAAUUCGUUAUCAUUUUUGUAGGCACGUAAACACUGUUUGAAUGAGGAUUCUUACAAAGCUGUUCAUACCUGUGUUUUAAGAAGAUACAAUAUGAGAAAGAGCAACUUUUAUACGUAUCCUCAUUUAUACAGUCCAUUAAAUAGAUAAAUCCCUCUUUUGUGUAAUCCAGUACUGAUAAGGUGAGCCUACAGUUUUAUAAAUUAUGACAGAUCGAUAAAGUUAGUCAGGGAAUCAUCUUUCUCUGCUUCAAACAUUCCAUUCAUCAUAAACUGGUAAUAAAUCUGCUGAUGAUGAACUCUCUCUCUCUCUCUCUCUCUCUCUCUCUCUCUCUACCUCUCCCUCUCCCUCCCUCCCCCCCCCCCCCUCUCACACACACACAAAAGUGUAGAAACUGGGAUAUUUGCUUUGAAAUGUGCCUCUAACAGAGUAAGUGCUUAAAUUUGUGACAAAGUUUAGUGUUUUCAAUACACACAAAUAUAACAAAUUGCUGAGGGUUGUGAAUAAGGUGUGCAUAAUUAUAUUUUGACAGUGAAGUAAUUUAAAAUGUAUAUGCAAUAAACUUGCAUAUUAUAUGCCCAAGUUGGUGCAAUUCACAAUAUUUAUUUGCCAUCUCUCUUAUACACAGUAAAACACAUGAUACUUUUGUUAGAAUUAAUGAAUAUUGAAGUUUAAUAAUUCAAAUGGUGCAUUUGUAUGUAAAUGAAGGAAUGUGUGUUUCUUGCUGAAAAAUGUGCCUUAUGUUAUUAAUGUUGCCAGUUUGAGCUAAUUGGAGGCAUUCAGCUAUAAUGGUUUCUUUAAAAACCAAAGGACAGCUGUACUUUUCUAUACUUGCAGCUCAUUGCUGGUGUUGUUUAUGAAUGAUUGGUUUAAUGCUGCAUUUCUUGUGCACUGCAUUUUGCGUGACUGUUAUUAUAUAUGUGAUACAAAGACCUGAAAGUUACUAGUUAUAUUUAUUAAAUUCCAGGUAAAAGUUAAGACUACAUUGCUAUUUAUUGGCAGGAAGUAUACUGGCAGUGAAAUAAUUUUAGGCACUGUAAAUUUUGUCAUUGGAUUUUAUAAAUUUUGCUCGUGUGGGAGAUAAAACCUUUUGCAUGUGUGAAUUUUUUCAAAGUUUUUGGUGGAACAAAAAUUGAUGUUCCGUGAAACAAAGAUUUUUGUUAAAAAAAGGAAAUAGUUUUUGUGAAUGAUUUACAAGUCCUGUGUAGUGGUCAAUAACGUAAUAUGAAUGUAGGAGUUGUAAAAGACUGACUACAUUACAAAGUGAAUGUAAUUUUGCAAGCAGCAUUGUAUGUUAAAGGAAUCUGUCACUGUUACAUGCAAAAUAAUUGUAUAUUUGAGGUAAUGGUGGAGCAAUUGAUUACAAAUUGAAAAGCUAUUUUUGUGGAAAAAAUAUUGUGGGCACUCAACAGUAUUAUGUAUCCAUGUAUUUGUAAAGUCUGUUUGUUUUUAUUAUAUUGCUGAUAUGUACUUCAGUUUGAGCGCCUUUCAAGAGUCAUUAAUACUUUCUGUUAUUUUUAUUCAAAUAAA